AUGCCUCCUGCAAAGGGAUCCAAGCGUAGCAGCGGUCCCUGGACUUCGUCUCGCGUCCUCAACUCAUCAUCGCCGAUCGUCACCAAAGACAUACACGCCUUUCUCGUCACCGCUUUCUCGGGUUGGAAUGAAGCCAGCGACACGUACACGGAGGCCGAGAAGCGCUUGCUGAUCGAUAGUCUCCCUUUAGCCUAUCGCAAAUGCGAGCCCGAUCACGAGGGCCGGCUGCAGUGCCCGCUUUCCACCGCAUUUGUGCUCGACGACCCCUACAUCAAGGCCGCGACGCAGCGAUUCAAGAACGACAUUGCCGACGGGUACUACGAGAAGACAUGGCAGAAUCAGGCCAGGAGAGCCAUGCAGGAGCGGCGAGAUGGCAAGUUUGAUGCUUUCCUUCAGGAGCAAGCGGAGGAGACCUUUGGCGAACCACGUCUUGGUGAACACAACGUCGCUGAAGGCUCGGGUGAUGCGGACAUGGAAUCGAGCGACGGCGAAUGGAAUGGGAAUCGGGGCAAGCCACAGCUCUUAGGACACGACAAGUGCAUAGUAGAAAAACCCCAGGUGCUGCGGCAGAAGCGAAAGAUCUAG